CCAAGCCUCUGUGUCCGGUAUUGUCCCCCGUGACCCCAUGAUGACGUCAUCGACGUACAGUUGGCUGACCCUUGGUCUCCUGGUAUUGGCGUGGUCAACGUCCACGGUCUUAUCGCAAGACCACAUGUACACACUGCCAGACUACAAGGACCACCCGUGCGUGAGACAGUGUGAGAACAAGGCGCCACCCCGUCUGUGCAAGUACCACUGGGUCCUAGAGGUCUAUUACGUACUCUCCAAGGCUUGCUUCAACUGCCCGUUCAACCAAUCAGAUUGCUCCAGACCCCACUGCGUCCCUGCCGACGGCGUGUCACGUGGGAUCCGGACAGCCAAUAGAAUGCUGCCUGGCCCUGGCAUUCAGGUGUGUGAGGGCGACACUGUGGAGGUGACGGUAGACAACCGGAUGGAGGCCUCAGAAGGUACAAGCAUCCACUGGCACGGCAUUCUGCAAAACGGAACCGGACACAUGGACGGCGUUGCCAUGGUCACGCAGUGUCCGGUGACGUCACACUCUAAGUUUGUCUACAGGUUCAAAGCAGUAAACCCGGGCACUCAUUUCUGGCACGCCCACGCGGGAUUCCAAAGGUCAGACGGCCUCUUCGGGUCACUGGUGGUGAGAAGGCCGCCUGACCUUGAACCUCACCUUCACCUCUACGACUAUGACCUUCCGGAGCACGUCUUGAUCGUCAACGAUUGGAUGUUUGAUAUGACCAUCAACAGAUUCGCGGCCCAUCACCAUGACGGCGGACAAAACAAACCGGAUUCCAUGCUCAUUAACGGCCAAGGAAGAUACGAACAGUUUCCUGGCGACAACGGAACCCUGCACUACACGCCAAGGGCAGAGUUCAAGGUCAAACCCAACCACAAGUACCGCUUCCGUGUCAUCAGCAACGGCAUAUUGAACUGUCCUGUUCAGGUGUCUGUAGAUGACCACACUAUGAUGAUCAUCGCCUCUGACGGGAACUCCUUCCAACCGUUCGUGGCUGACUCCUUCAACAUCUUCGCAGGAGAGAGAUAUGAUUUUGUCCUUUACGCCGACAAAGUCUCUCCCCUCAGUCUCGGCGGUUGCCAAAAACAAACAUCUGUACUCUCCACAGAUCAACCACAUCACGUCAGUCCUUCCCUCCUCCCCGCCUCUCUCACAGUUUGAUGACGUACCCGAGGUGUCUGGUUCUUCCAUUGCCACAUUGAAUUCCACUCCGAGAUAGGAAUGGGAUUGUUGUUUCAGGUCGGCACCAAGGACCAGAUGCCCAAAACGCCCAAAAACUUCCCGAGGUGUGGGAACUGGAAGUUUUCCGGAUAUGACGACGAUGAAGAUGAUAAAGACGAAAGAGACGCACAGGACGACGACGAUGAAAAGCCCAAUGAUAAAACUCCCUCAUGCCCAAACUCUGGGGAGGCUCCCUCGCCGGUCCCAGUGUCCAGAGUCUUCGCUUUCCUCACGUUUGUUCUGAUCGUUGUAAAGCACCUAGGCCUAGACCAUGCUGCACAGUGAAGGGUGGGUGUGUGUUAGAGAAAUGCAAAUUCUUAUUAUCGUUAUGACAAUGAUACGAGUGCAUGUUGCUUGUAACCAGUGCGUGCGUUUUUGAUCAAAGUUGUAAUAACCUUGCAAGAAAAUAGAGCGCUGCGCCAGAGUCUCAACCAAUGAUGCACCACAAUUGAAACUGCUUUUAUACUGUUAUGAUAUUCAUUGCUUUGUAUCAAUGUUCGGGUGAAAUAUUGUGUCCAAGUGAGACUCAUUGAAGAUUUUCUUGGAAACGAAA